AUGCCUAACUGGGAGGACUAUCUCAAUAGGAUCUGGUACGAUACAAAACAUCCGGGAUCUUUCGCUGGACCCAAAAAAUUGUAUCAAGUUGUACGUAAAGAAGGAAAGGUUAAAAUCGGCAUACGCAGGAUAACUCAAUGGCUUCAAGAUCAAGACGCUUACAGUUUACAGAAAGACUUGAUCACAAAAUUUAAGAAGAAUCGAGUAGUAGUAGAAGGAAUCGACUCGUUAUUUGACGGAGACUUGGCAGACGUUCAAAAUUUGACAUCGUUCAAUGACGGUAUUAAAUACCUUUUAAUACUAAUUGAUGUUUUCUCAAAGUUUCUAUGGGUAGUACCAUUGAAAAACAAAUUGGGUAAAACCGUCGUCAACGCACUAAAAUCUAUAUUUAUAAAAGGAAGAAAAGCAAGUACAGUUCGUUUUGACAAGGGAGCAGAGUUCCGUAAUGCGCAUGUCAGGAAAUACCUGGAAGGAGAAAGCAUACGGGUACAUUGUACCCAGAAUUCCACCCAGGCUAAUUACGCCGAACGGAACAAGACAUGGUAUAAAUACGAUGGAGUAUUCAACGGUUUGCCACAGAAACAUGGGAACGCGAAUGGUACUGAGGUCUUCGGAUAG